GCAACGUUGGUGUCGAGCCGAGAAUACAGUCCAGCCUACAGGGGGAGACGGGUAGCGACAGAAAUUUGGCUCGAAGAUAGCUGUCAUGGCGUCCGUGCAGUAGUUGGGGGAAGGAAUAUUUUCCGUUCCUAUUGGAAAUCCGGAUUAAAAUUUCCCUAACAAUUCUUCUGAAACGCGUUCCUUUAUUUUCCUUUUUUCGGUUUGGUUGUAAGUGCUGUGAAUGGAUUACUCAUUUGCUCAUAUGUUAGGGAAACUUUAACGUAAACCGUGUUGGCUCGCUGUGUCAUGGGAAAGUUCUAUAUCGAGUCAUUAAACAAUGGCCCGGACGUCAGAAAAUGGUGAGCAGGAGAGUGACUCUGCUGGCGGAGUACAGGAAAAAUGGCCUAUAAGGGAUGGUAUCAAACAGGAAAUCCUAAUUGAUCUGGACCAGUCUUCCUCUUCGAUUGGAGAAAAAGAUUGGUCCUUUAUUCCUGCUGUACCUGCCUCAGACAUCAGUAGCAACAAUGAAGUUGUUCAGCAAACUGUUCUCUUUGGGUCCAACAUCUCUGAUCCUGUCAACAAAGAAAAAAUUGAAAAGCUUUUGGAUAGCUCUACAAGUAUGGCAUCAAAGAAAAUUGUUUCUAACCUGCUCCUUGAAGUCGACAAAUUAUCCGACACUGAACGCUUGCUUCUCUACUACAAGUUACCCCUGGGCAGGUCUACUGAUAUAGAUCCUUUGAGAAUGCCGUUAAAUCCUCUUGGAAGUCGACCGGAAAUCAUGCAGACGGUUGUUUGGAUUCAAACUCAUUUGGAGGAAGAUGUUGAGGUGUCGCUUCCCAAACAAGAGGUCUAUGAAGAAUACGGGGCCUAUUGUACGGAAAAUGUCAUCAAACCGUUAUCCACUGCCGACUUUGGAAAAGUUAUGAAGCAAGUGUUCCCUAAUGUGAGGCCGAGGCGGCUUGGGACGCGAGGCCAUUCCCGCUAUUGCUACUCUGGUUUGCGGAAGAAGGGUGAAUUAAGUCCACCCAUUCUGGCCGAUCUAUUCUGCGAAAGUGAAACGGACCAUCAGAAAAAUGCUCAAUUGCAGAACAAUCAAAAUCCGGCCGCGGACACGCCCGAUUUGUUGAAAGAACGAGCUUGUAUCUUAGUCCGCGAAUGGGCGGAAAAGCUGUUGGGUAUCAACUUUAGUGGAAUGGGGGAACUAGCCAACUUUUUAGUAGACAAAUUGUUUGUGGACCAACGGAGUAAAGCUGCGACGCAAUGGAACAAACUGCGUUCUUCACACGGACAGAGCGAUGACGAAAAUGAAGUUAAAGCAGAAAAUGGGUGUGAGCAAGAACAGAUGAGAGAAUUGAAAAGAAAACUGCAGGAACAGCAACAUUUAGCCACGAGGAGGCAAUCCGUGCAGAGUCGUCAUAGUAAAAAGACAAGAGUCUCUAGUUCAACUGCCUCGCCGUUGCCUCAGGCGCCGCCAGCGGUUCCGCUUCCCGAGGAGACAGAGCCCAGAGCGUCAAAUAAAAAAAGCUGCACUCGCAGCAAAAGAAAGCAGAGAGGAGAGGAGAAUAAAAGAAACGUGUCUGUAGAUUCUACGGAAGUAGAGGGCACGGCUUCUACGCCUACGUCAUCUGCUUCUACUGCGCCAAACCAACCUGCAGGCAAAGUGGCCAUCCCACGUCUUACCAGCAACCGCAGCCCUCGCCCUACAUCUGCUAUUCUACUCCUACCCAGCCACUCCCAAUCUCCCAGUCCCACCAUUAGCAAGCCAAAGUUUGUUGCAAUUCAACCAAAGCCACUUUCUGCCAGUGACAACGGACUGGCCGCGCCAUCUCUGCCGCAACUGAAGGAGGAGGAAACGAGUCGCCAAGCGGGUCCUGAGCCGCAGGAAGGCUCUUGGGUUGAGGCACUCACACACAGUUAUGAUGAUGAGUUAGCACGUUGUUGGUCUCAGCCUGGAGAGGCGAUUACCGAUAGUCUCAGCCCUAAGGUGCAGAACACGGAGCUUUCACAGUUGCGUGUUCUUCUGGAGCAAAAUGAGGACUGGCUUUUAUGUGCAGCAGCUAAGAAGAAGCUAGCCACAUCAGCAUUGUUGGAGCGUCGCAAUGUUCGGUUCGAGACGCCUUCGACCCUUUCCGACCAGAACGGAUUGGGCAACGGUAACAGUGGAGCAGUUCCUCCCAGCCCCAACACUCGUCGAAUGGCUUUUAAUUUCACGCCGAUCUCUCCCCGACUGACACCUGAUGUUCCACCUUCACCCGGAUCUUCCAGCCAGCCUGUGCAGCUUCGUCAACUCUUGUCAAACCACGGUGGUGGUGGUGGUGGUGGUGUCGGUAGCCCAUUUGUUUCUCCAGGUCAAACACCCGUUCCGUCAAGUUUGCCGCCAUCCCAGCCCCAUUCGAGACACAAUUCCGGACACAUUGCCAUGACCAUGGACACCCCGACUUCUUUCGUUACAGAGGCCAGUAGCGUCAGCAACGAUUCGGCCUUUGUUUCGCCGCUCAAUACGCCGUUAUCGGUCAACCGAUCGCGCCACAAUUCAGCCUCUAAUCUGCUGGUCAAUCGAGUUCGUCACUCAUCCGGGGCCUCAAUUACAGUCCGUCACACGCCAUAUGCAACGCCUUCUCUGAUGAAUCACGGUCAAGAUGGACUGUUCAAUGCCUCUGCGCGUUCACGUCACAGUUCCGGUGGAUCACCGUCAUUGCCUCGCUCCGCACCUCUGUCGCCUCUGGUUCAAUCCUUCCCGCAACAGACGGAGCCAAGUGGUAGCGAGCGCAUCCGCCAAGAUUUGCGUCGACGCCACGUUUCGGCCGGCGUAGUUCUAGGUUUGAGUCCUCACCAAAUGUCCGCCUCUGGCCGAGUCCAGACCACGCUCAACAAUGCUGUGCCACACCUAUGGGGUAGCGACCCACUUGCCCAAGAAAUCGAGGGUCUUCUAGAUUCCGCUCCGAGCAUUGUCAAUGACUCGGUCAUGAAUCGCUCCCAGUCGGUUCCGCUUCACCGAAUGCUCCAGCAAUUCCAGUCUCAAGUUGGACAAGGCUAUGCGACCGCGUCGCAACCCAGUACGCCUUUCGGCUGCGGCAGCAGGAAUUUCACGUACAACGCUUCCGCCACCAGCAGCCCGUACAGCUAUACGGCCACGCCUGUGCCUGCCGAAUGGAACGAUUUCAAUUCGAAUGCCAACAAUGGUGAUUCAGGAACGGAGGGCUUCGUUCAGCUUGAUGCUGCCCAACAGGAACUGGAAAGCUUCGACGAAAUCAUUAGCGUGGUUUACGCCAAUAAUCAUCAAGAAUUGGCUCCAUGCCUUGAUGGAUUGGGCGCGGAAGCCUUACAAGAAGCUUCUUCCGCCAACUUUUCCCAAAUGAAUUUUCAAGGAUCCAAUUCUGCCGUCACCAAUAUGGAUUCAGAUCCUUCGUUGAGUUGUUCGGACAAUGGCGAUGGCUACCCUCUGUCGGAUUUGAGCGAUUCCGUCACGCUACCGGGAUUGUUGGGUCCAGAAGAUUUGGCUGUAACUCUUGCAGCUUUAAAAGAAGCUCCCGAAUUGAAUCGACUGGUCCAGGAUGUGGCCGACGGGCAGCAGUCUGUUGCUGUACCACAGGGCAUGUGAAUCAACAGCAAUGCACCUAACUGAAGAUCCCCCUAGUCCAGUCAGCCGCUCUCUCUCCUGCUCAACUCUUGUGUUGGUUUACUUUUUUCUUUCUCAUUUUUUUUAAGGGGGUUUAUCCAUCGCAUCCCACCGCAUUGAAAAUGAUGGGAGUAUUGAAAAAAACAAAAAGAGUUGGAGAGAGAGAGAGAGGGAAGGGCGUUGUUACACAAUUUAAAAAAGAAAAAACACAGUACAAAGUUAAAGCGAAUAGCGUUUCGAUGAGUGCAUUGAAGCAUAUUGUAAAUACUAUUUCGAAUCAAUUUAGGCUCGUAUAAUUUUCUUUUACCCUCCGUUUUUUCCCCCUUCCGACUUUCGCCUUUUACCUCACAGAAUAGAACGUCUCGAAGACGCCAAGACGCACAGUCUGCUUUUCGUUUUUCUUGGUUUGCGCGCGAUAUGGCGACGAUUCUCUUUCUGUGGCCAACUCAACUUCCUCGAACUUGUUUUUCUGGGGGGUAGAAGGCAAACAACCUAGAAAAGGCCCGUCGAUCUUUUUUCCUUUUUUUUUUCCUCCCUUGUUUUUUUUUCUUUUUUCCGUUUUAUAUGUUGUGCGCGAUCAUUUCCCUUGAAGCUGGGAUUGAUUGGUUAUGAAACGGAAAUUUCUCAGUUUCCCCAUUUCUUUCCAAUUCAAUGGGUUACCGAUUUGUUUCAAUUUUUGACGUGGCGCAUGGAAGAUUUUGUUGAAAAGAAAGGAUUCUAGAAAAGAGUGAGACAAGUUGAGAAGACUAACGUGAGCGUUUUUGUUUGUUUUGAUUUAUUCUUUACACUUUGCUCGUUUGUGUAUACCAGUGUGCCUUUUUGUUGGGCAGGGGUGGCAGAUAUUUGGCAUAGUAGUAAAGCAACAGAGGAUUAUUUGGUCAGUUUGAAACCCCCAAAAAAAAGACGAAAUUGAAAAACGGUAAAUAUUUUAUAGUGUGAUGGGUAAACAUCUGGAUUUGUUUUGAUACGAGGAGGAUCGUAUUUUUUCUUUGCUUUUGUUUAGAAGGUGCAGUUCAUAUUUUAUUUUGCGGUUUCUCCUUUUCAACCAUGAGCCAAGGAAGGAUCGAAAUUGCGUUUUUCCCCUUCCAAUGAGCGUAGCGAUCAGUCUCUAAAUCGGAAAAUGGCUAAAGAAACGCCAGACGAAAGGUGUGUCACGAUCUCUCCCAGCAAGGAAAACAAAAAAUUACAAUCCUUUUGCCCAUUUUAGUUAUUUUUUUCCGUGAAGCAAGUAAAACAAAAGAGAGAAAAAAUGAUCGCAACUUUUACUGCAAAAGGAGCAUCAACAUUUUAUUAUGAUUUUUUUUAUGUUAGAAGAGAAAAAUUUAAAACGUGCGAUAGGAGAUUGUUUAUCAAUGUAGGCUUUGUACGACGUGUUUCUUCUCGCUGAAAAUAUGCCGUCGUUUGGAGACAAAAGAGACUAAAAACUAAAUCAUUUUGGCCAGAAUCGGGGAGAAAGGACCAUUUUUCAGUUUCACUGUUCAAUGCGCAUUUUUUGGUUUUGUUUUCUUUGUUAGGUAAAAUGGUGCAUUGCGAUUUGUUAUGAACAGAUUUUUCCAUUUCAUUCUAAAUGGGAAAAUGAUGUGUGCAAAACUGUUAUCGUGUCAUAGGAAAUGUACGCGCGCUUCACAUCGAACCAAUUCUUUUUUUUUUAUUCUAUCCUAACUCUCUCGCUGUCGAGCAAUCAUUUACGCCAUUUUCUUGUUCAAAUUAGACGACACACAAAACCCUUUUGUUAUCGAAAUUUAUAAUCUGCUGGUUUUGCCUCGAUGGCGUGCGUCGCAUCCCCUUCGCGCUUGCCGUUCCAAUUUCUCCCAAUAUCUCUUCUUUUCUGAUCCAUCCUUCGUUCCCACUAACAUUUUGUAUCUGACGAUUUUGGCGUAGUGUCGACGGCCUACGUUUUGCAGCUUAUGAUAUGUAGUUACGUAUAUUCUACAUGAUUUCAUUGGAACCACCAACCCCCCGAACGAUUUUUUUUCCUCCCCUAUCGUGAUUCUAUUAUUGUUGCAAGACAGAAAAAAAAAAAAAACGACACAGUAUGCACGCGAUAAACACAAGAAAAUGUUGCGUGAAUUGUCGGCUUUGAAUAUAAAGUUUAUCCUGAA